GAAGUCGCGGCGGGCGGGGAGGGCGCGCGCGUGCGCCCGUGAGGCGGUUGCUCCUCCGCGGGCCUGGCGCGUGGGUACGUGGGGGUCCGCGCGCGCGCCGCGACCGUUAGCCCUGAGGGGAGCGCGCGGGGAGCCGGGGGGCGGGGCGGAAGGGGGAGAUGGCCGCCUGUCAGCGGGCCCGGGGCGAGCCCCUCUGCCGCCUGCAGCGGGCGGCUGUCGCGUUUGUGGAGGUCCUGGGAGCGGGGGUGAAGGAGCCUGAACUGGUGAGAUGAAAAAUUGUUUUUCAUGACAUAUUUAUCACGCGUGUGAGAUACAAGUCAGUGAGCCAGCCAGAAGCUAAUGUCAUCGGGAACAGCAACAGAAAACACCAUGCCCCCUGAUGCACCUGAGGUGGAAGGAAAGGUGAAGUCGUGUGACAGGCAAGUAGAAAGACAGGAGGAAGGCACAGACAAGGCAGAAUGCCUCGAGCCCAUGUCCAAGAGGCAGAGGAAGAAACUACUGAAGCAGAAGCAGUGGGAAGAACAGAAGGAUCUUCGUAGGCAGAAACGCAAAGAAAAACGCCAGAAGAGAAAAUUAGAACGUCAGUCAAAGUCAGACCCCAGUAAUGAAGGGAAUGACAGAAAGCGUAUGCGAAGGGACGUCGUUCCCAGCACGCUUCGCCUCAUUGUGGACUGCAGCUUUGAUGACUUGAUGGUGCUAAAGCUUCUGGCUCAUGGUAAAGCAUUUUGUGGUGGUCUGUCUGAAGGACUGUGUAAAAACAAAUUGUGUUGUAUACAGGAUGUUAAGAAGCUUCACAAGCAAAUUCAGAGAUGUUACGCAGAAAAUCGCAAAGCAUUCCAUCCUGUGCAGUUUUACUUGACCAGCCACGGAGGACAGCUGAAGAGCAACAUGAAUGAAAAUGACAAAGGAUGGGUCAACUGGAAGGAUAUCCAAAUUAGAACAGAACACUAUAGUGAGCUAAUAAAGAAAGAAGACCUUGUAUACCUCACCUCAGAUUCCCCAGACGUUCUCAGUGAGCUUGACGAGAGGAAGGCCUAUGUGAUUGGAGGACUGGUGGAUCAUAAUCACCACAAGGGAAUUACUUACAAAAAAGCUGUAGAGCAAGGAAUUGGUCAUGCACAGCUCCCUCUGGGAAACUUUGUGAAGAUGAACAGUCGGAAAGUGUUAGCAGUCAAUCAUGUGUUUGAAAUCAUCCUCGCAUACCUGGAGAAGAGAGACUGGAAGGAGGCCUUUUUCAGUGUCUUGCCACAGCGGAAAGGGGCAGUGCCAUUGGGAGAAGCCAAUGAUUCAUCCCAACGUGCUCUAUCUGAGAAAGAAGAUCUAAGCUAUGAAUUACAAAUAAUCCUGUGACCUCAAAACCUGUGCCGCUAGUGCCUGUUGCAUGGUGGGCGUGAACAUUUGACAACAGAAAUAAACAGAUUUUCCUGAGCAUCUCAA